CACUGACGUUACCAAGUAGUUACAUAGGUCAAUAGCUAACCAGUAGACGAAUCCAUCAUUGUGACCGGAUCUCAUGGAUCGUGAUAGACAGCUACGUAGGCAGUCAGUCCCUCUUCUCGUCAGCCAAGCGGAGCCACGCCCAACUUCGCUUCGUUUUUGCCUAUCAUCGCCGUCAUUAAUACCGCUUUGCUACUUCAUGGCUUGAGGGGAGAUCGUUGAAGAUAAUUAGGUCGUAGUCACAAUCACAGUCACAAUCACCACUCAUCUCAUAUCAAUCGCGCCGUUCUCGACUAAUCGAAUCAAUCGAUUGACUUGCAACCUGUAGCACUUAAUUACUGUAAUCAGUUAUAUCCCGGAUAAGUCUUUCGUUCGACCCGCUCGGCCGCUUCUCGACUCUAUAAAAGUCCUCCACUCCUCCAUUGUUACCACGAUGCCUCUCUUUACCCGCUUUGCAUCUCAUUCCUUGGCUUCGUCAUCUACUUUAUUCAUCAAACAGGCUCCUCGUAUCGUCGCAUAUCAACCCUUUCGCCGCAUAGUCACUCAGCCUUCUUCCAACAUGGCCGACGCAACAGCAGCUCCUGCACUUGCUACCCUUGAUGCUUCUCUCAUCCCUCGUCUCCCCGUAUGGUGCCCAACUGUUUUCGAGGCCAAGAAGAAGCUGAAUCUGUCGUUUGCCGACAUUGCCAAGGAAGUCGGCCGUGACGAGGUUGCCAUUGCUGCUCUUUUUUACGGUCAGGCCAAUGCCUCGCCAAAGGAUAUCGAGGUGCUCGCAAAGGUCCUCCAGAUCCCAGAAGCCAUCCUCCAGGAUCAAAUGAGUGGUCUCCCAGAUCGUGGCAGGGCUGUUGACAUGCCUCCCAAGGACCCUCUCAUCUACCGUCUGUACGAAAUCGUUCAGAACUACGGUUACGCCUACAAGGCCGUGCUAAACGAGAAAUUCGGUGACGGCAUCAUGAGCGCCAUCUCGUUUUCAACAAAGGUAGAAAAGGAAACUGAUGACAAGGGCGACUGGGUCAAGAUUACCCUCAGAGGCAAAUGGCUUCCAUACACCAGAUUUUAGUUAGAUAUGAGUUGUGAAGGUUGUUUAGAACAACUUUCGUCACAUAAAAAUGUAGAGCUAUGACCACUUACCAGAUUUUAUACUGUGUUAGAACUAGUAAACGUCCCGGCUUUUAUAUUCUUUUAUUCGUCUGAUCCCCCUCUGUUUGUGUUCUUCACGUCGCCUUUUCAUAUAUGUCUAGAAGUGUUAUUCCAAGUUAGUCUAAGCGCUGUUUUCGUUUCUGGAAGCUCUUGAAUGGAGCAGCAACAACUAAC